AUGUCGAUUUAUGCCCUCCCCGGGAUCCGCAAGCCUUCCGAGUCGCCACAUCGUCGAUUGCCUUCAGGCAAGCGGAACCUGCUACAUGCAGGUAUGAGCAAAAGCCUUGCCAUGCAGCAACAACAGCAGUAUCUUCUGCCGGCUUCUCCAUUAAACCCGGCACCACCAAAGCCCACUAUGCAGCCUGGCCCAGUCAUGACUCAGUAUGCUUCGUCUGAUCAAUGUCACUCGGAAAGUGCAGACCAACACAUUUACGACACUACCACUCCAAGUUCCAAUAUUGUUAACAAUGCCACCGGCGCCUCUACAUCCACUUCCGGUUAUGUGGCUGUUAGUCUGUCUUCUGAAACUUCCUACGGCUCUACUUCAGCCGGUAAGCCCAAUACUGAAGUGACUGUCAUUAAUGAGUCAUAUUUGCAGGCCGGCAAGCCUGUGCGGCAGACGCGGCAACAUGUUAAGGUUCGAGUCAGUGAAAUGGCUGUGACUAAGCCCCGACAGCAGGUCUCAGCCCCCAUUCCACUUGGCACAAAUAAUCAACCUUUGUCCGAACCCGAGCUUGGAUUUAGCCCAAUUUCGCCUCUCGAUCUACACUACGACGCACAAGAAUUAAGCCUAGAGCUAAAGGCUCACGGGCUCAGCACACAGCCAGUCCCCGGGUCGCCCUCCAGUCUGCAGGUAGAAGCCGGCCCUUCUCCUCGUCCUCCGCCUUCACUACGAUCCCAAGAGGACAUUGCCUCGAUAAUUACCCCAGCCUCACAAACUGCAUGUCCUACGGGCACCGUAGAUGCGAGCUCUUCAACUCGAACUAGUAGCCCUGGCGCCAUGGCUACCAUUCAGCCGAGCAUUAUGUCACUCUCUGGCGCUGCCAAUAAGACGGUCGGAGGGUUUCAGGCCGGAGCACUUGGCUUUCGUCCCUCAGACACUUCCUCCCUUCUGCUUGAUCCCACUUCACUUCUAUACACUCCUUUCACACCUGCCUUCCCGGCAACUACAGCUGCAGCCACAAUGGCAGCUCUUUUUCCUGGUGGACAGGAGUUCCUUGUCUAUCCACCUCCUCCCUUGCCAGCGCCUCCGUCAGCAGCUCCAGCUCCCAUCAGCGGGCUCUCCGGUGCCUCGCAUCCCGGCUACUCCAUCUCCGGGCCAUUUGGAGCCAUCUAUUGGCCCGGUCUGGAGGCAUUCAACCCGUUCUCCGCACAUUCUGCCUCGGUUCCGUUUGCCCCUAGCUUC